UCCGCGACGGCUGCGAGACGUGUGCCCGCGCGGUUAACGCGUUGCAUUCAGUCAGUAAUGGUCGCGUUGUCCUUAGGUAUGGCCGUUCGCACUGCACACCCGUCGUCGUCGUCCUUUGACCACCGGUGGUCACGUGUGGUCGGUGCGUGGUACCGGUUCGUUGUGUUCGCGGCGCUCUACGCGUUACUCGCGGGCAGCCGGUCCGCCGAAGCUCAGGAGCCAAGCAGCAGAUGCGCUUCAAAGUCUUGCAACACAGUCCAUCCAAACAAAUUGAACGUCCACCUGAUCGCCCAUACGCACGACGACGUCGGAUGGCUGAAAACCGUGGACCAGUAUUAUUAUGGCAGUAAUAAGGUGCAUGCACCUUUUGGAGUACAGUACAUAUUGGACUCUGUGGUGUCUGAAUUAUUGAAAAACAAAAAUCGAAGAUUCGUUUUUGUGGAGACGGCGUUUUUAUGGCGCUGGUGGGAAGAGCAAGACGAGUGGAACCGGAACAGCUUGAAGACACUUGUAGAUGAAGGACGGUUACAACUAUUACACGGCGGAUGGGUGAUGAGCGAUGAGGCGGUACCUCAUUAUUCAACCCUUAUCGAUCAAAUGACAUUGGGUCUCAAAUUUUUGAAUGAUACUUUUGGUGAGUGUGCACGACCUCGGGUGGCAUGGCAAAUAGACCCAUUCGGACAUUCAAGUGAAGUAGCCGCUGAAUUUGCCGAAAUGGGUUUCGAUGGAUUAGUAUUGGGCCGUAUUGAUUACGAAGAUAUAGCUCUCAGAAGAUCACAGAAAACAAUGGAAGUUGUAUGGAGACCGGAUAUCAACAUGGGACAAAGUGGUGAAUUAUUUACAAGCGUGUUGUAUAAUCUAUACGUUGCGCCCGAAGGAUUUUGUUUUGACGCGUUUUGCAACGAUGAUCCUAUUUUAGAUAACCCGAAACUGCACGGGUACAACGUCGAUGCAAAAGUAGAAAACUUCGCAAACCAUGUCCAAAGAUACGCUUCAGCAUACAAAACGAAUAAUAUUAUGAUGACCAUGGGAGGCGAUUUCUCUUACUCAGUAGCGUCAUCGUGGUUCAGGAACAUGGAUAAAUUAAUCAAGCAUGUUAAUAAAUUGAAACCGGAAUUAAACGUAUUAUACUCUACACCUGAUUGUUAUUUGUCUGCCCUGCAAAAUACCGACAACGUUACUUGGCCACUUAAGGAUACGGACGAUUUCUUCCCUUAUGCGCACGACGAACAUUCAUAUUGGACGGGGUAUUUCACCUCCAGAUCGAAUUUAAAAUACAUGAUUUGCAAAGCGAACAACUUAUUACAGGCAGUGAAGCAAAUCAGUUCGAUUCUUGGAGACGGGGUCAACGGAAGUGUCCAAAAAUUGGCUAUAGUCGUUGCCCAGUCGCAACAUCACGAUUCCAUUACUGGCACGGAAAAACAGCAUGUGUCUGAUGAUUACGCUCUUUAUUUAGACGAAGGAAUCGAUGAGUCCCAAAAAGUGUUAACGGCCGCUUACAGGAAAUGGUUUGGAAACGACUUUCCCGAACAACGCUAUUGCAAGUUGCUCAACAUCAGCGAGUGCGACGUUUCGGAAAACAAUUCUAAAUUCGUGAUCACCUUGUACAACCCGCUGUCGCACGCCGUCACCACCCCGGUGCGCAUCCCCGUCAAAUACGCGGAUUACAAGGUCACCGGUCCGAAUGGGUCCAACGUGCAGUACGAACUGGUGUUCUUACCCGGUCAAAUUUUCCGACUCGGGGGCCGCGGUUCGAAUGCAACGCACGAGCUAGUAUUUAUCGCCAGUGAAGUGUCGCCGUUGGGAUUAGUCAACUAUCACGUGGAGAGAAUCAAAGAAUUAGAAGCCCCACCGAGACCGGCGGUGCACAACAGCACCGAGGAUGUGAUGAUUGACAACGGGAAAUUAAAAAUCGGUUUCAACGGUACCAGUGGCCUCGUGCAGUGGAUCGAGAAAAACGGCACACGAUAUCCUUUGCAGCAGAAUUUCUUUUACUACGAGUCCAUGAAAGGAUACAAUUUCAACGCUGAUAACCGUGCUAGCGGAGCUUAUAUUUUUAGACCCACUAAAAAUCAGCCAACUGUAAUAUCAGAAAAAAUUAAUUUGACAAUUUAUCGAGGAAAAAACGUGCAUGAAGUUCAUCAGUCUUUUAGUUCUUGGUUAAGUCAAGUAGUUAGGAUUUACGACCAACAAGAAUUAAUCGAAUUCGAAUGGCUCGUGGGACCUAUUCCUAUAAUGGAAUGGGUUGGAAAAGAAGUCAUUACUAAAUAUACAACUAAAAUAGCGUCGAACGGUACAUUUUACACGGAUUCGAAUGGUAGAAGGUGGAUGAAGAGGAAGCUGAAUUAUCGGUCGUCUUGGAAUUUAACACUAACCGAACCUGUCGCCUCUAAUUACUAUCCAAUCACUUCGAGCAUAGCAAUCAGAGACUCCAUUCACCAGGCUACGGUAGUAACCGAUCGACCUCAGGGGGGUUCUAGUAUUGAAGACGGCACAUUAGAACUUAUGCUUCAUCGUCGACUUUUAUACGAUGACAGUCAAGGGGUUAGUGAACCAUUGGACGAGAAUCAAUAUGGAGAAGGCAUGGUGACCAAAGGAAAACAUAUAUUACACUUUAAUGAACUAGAUAAAGCUGCCAAAGCGCAUAGACUAUCUGCGCUCCACACCGUCAUGCAACCUGUUAUUACAUUAGCUCCGACUCAUAUGGGAAAUACCGAAUGGGUUUCUAAGUUCAGUGCUACGUAUAACAUGUUGAACGUAACAUUGUCUUCAAAUAUACAUAUUUUAACUUUGGAACAUUGGAGAAACAAUCAAAUUUUAUUGCGAAUAGAACAUAUAUUCGAAAAGAACGAAGAUAGAUUUUUAUCCCUGCCCGAAAAAGUUCCUCUUGAUAGAUUAUUUUUGCAUUUGGAAGUGUUGGCGUACCAAGAACUGACGCUGAGCGCGAAUUUAGCUAAGAAAGAUCUAGAUCGUUACCGAUGGAAUUAUAGUGAUAAACCGCAAUCUCAAGGACCAGAAUUGGACGAACAGUUACCUGAAGUUCUUCUCACGCCAAUGGCCAUUAGGACUUUUUUGCUUACAGUGAAAAAACGAUAGUGCUAACCUAUACCUACAUAUGCGUAUUAAUUUAUUUUGAUUCUUACGGUUGAAAUAAAGCUAAGCGGUUAUGAUAUAAGAGACUUUUUUACUAAUUUUUUUAUUAUUAUUAUUUUUUCAAUUGUUUUCUCUCACGCAGAAAUGUAAUACUCAAAGGAAAAUAAUUAAACUGAAUUAUUGAAUAUAAUUUUAAAAUUUUUAUUCUUGUUGAAAAAGCAUUUACUGUAGAAAUAAAACGAAGAGUUAGUCAUUCAAAGAAGGAAGUUUUGUAUAUAUUAUAAUCCGUGCAAAAAAAUAUUUAUUCCGCUAUUUAUUACAGUUUUUAUUUAUACAAUUUAAUAGAUAACUAUAAUAUAAAAAAAAACCAUAUGCGUCCUUAGAUAAUGGUGUCUAAAGACGUUGUUGGAUUAAUUGUUGUCGAAUUUCAUAUUAUAAAUUACAACGCAAACGUCGUUAGGUUAGCCUGUCUACCGCACCAAAACUAUACCUUGCAAAGGUCCGUUUUAUUCCCUCGUGCAUGACAUAUGAUUUGUGUAAAAUUUGUAGUAUAUAACGUAUUAGACUAAUUUUAUAAUUUAAUCGAUUUAAAUUUACGGAUUCAUUUCACUUGUAAAUCAUGAACGUAAUAAAUAGUAACCAUUGUUUGUUUGAUA